GCCCCGCCCCUCCUGGCUGCCAUGACAACGAGUCCGCGCCCCGCGCACAGCUGCUGCUCGGGCGGGACCCAGGCUGGACCGCGGGCCCCGGCCUGGGGGCCACAGCUGCCACCGCCGCCGCCACCUCGUCUCCUCCCCGUCCCCGCCCCGCCCCGCGUCUCCUCGUCUCACUCGGGCGCGCGGCCGGGGUCCCUCCCCGCCGCCCUACCCCGCGCGGAUGCCGAAGGUGAAAGCGCUGCAAUGCGCCCUGGCGCUGGAGAUCCGCUCUGUAACUUGUCCAGGAGUGGUGCUGAAAGACAAGGAGGACAUCUAUCUUAGCAUCUGUGUGUUUGGCCAAUACAAAAAGACACAAUGUGUCCCAGCCAAUUUUCCACUGGUCUUCAAUGCCAGAAUGGUGUUUGAAAAGGUGUUCCCUGAAGCAGUUGACCCUGGAGAUGUGGUUGCACAGCUUGAAUAUGAUACAGCAUUGUUUGAGUUGAUUCAACUAGUUCCACCAGUGGGUGAAACACUGUCUACAUAUGAUGAAAAUACACGAGAUUUCAUGUUCCCGGGUCCAAACCAAAUUUCUGGACACCAUGAUUCAAACCGCCAGGUUACCAUGAGGAGGAUUUCUGGCCUUCGAGGAAUUGCUCCAAAGCUGGAAUUUUCUACAACCUCAGUGAUUACUGAAUGUCUGAUAAGUUCAAGGAAGUGCCGCACUCAGGAUAAAUUUAUUUACCAUACGGCUCCAGUUGAAAAAUCACACGGCAGACUGCAGACCAGAACAUCAAGAUCACAAAAGAAAAAAUCCAAGUCACCUGAGAGAAAUAAAUAUUGCAUAAAUGCAAAAAACUACGAACAGCCUACCAUUUCUUCAAAAUCACACUCUCCAUCUCCCUACACAAAAAGACGCAUGUGUGAGCUAUCUGAAGACACCAGGCGGCGGCUGGCCCAUUUAAAUCUGGGACCCUAUGAAUUCAAAAAAGAAACAGAUAAACCUCCAUUUGUGAUUAGACAUGUCGACCCCCCAAGUCCAAGGGCUGAUGCUUUAUUUGGAUCUUCUGGCAGAGACUGUGAAAGAGAUGGAUGGUCCAGGAUGCACAACGAUCAUGCUCAUCUUGGCUGCUACCGACCCAAGGAUUAUAAGGUUAUCAGGACACCCCAUGGGAGAGACUUUGAUGAGUCUUUGGAAAGGUGUGAUGAGUACUUAAGCUCACGGUCAUGUAGCAAGCCCCAGCAUUCAGCAAGGACCUUACUCGUCCAUUCAGCACCCUCAACGAUGCCAAAGCAUUCUCCCAGCCCUGUGUUAAAUCGAGCUUCUCUCAGGGAAAGAUUCCAUUCUGAUUGGUGUUCACCUUCAAACUGCGAUGAGAUCCAUGACCGGGUAAAAAAUGUCUUGAAAUCACAUCAGGCUCAUCAAAGACAUUUAUAUGAUGAGAGAGAUCCAGAGAAAGAAGAUGAACUGGAACUGAAAAGAGGUCUUUUAUACAGAGACUCUGCCUAUGACAGUGACCCAGAGUAUAGCUCAUUUCAGCGGCCACGUGGCACUCUCCAUUUGGAUGAUGGUGAAUACUGGUCUAACAGGGCAGCCUCUUAUAAAGGGAAAUCCCACCGACCCAUCUUUGAGAACAGCAUGGACAAGAUAUACAGGAACUUGUACAAAAAGGCCUGUAGUUCUGUUUCUCAUACACAGGAAAGCUUCUGAGACCAUCCAUGAUAAACUGUAUGGGUGUCUGUGUCAACUUCUCAAUGAAAACGUUUGAUGUGAUCAAUAUCUGUAUUCUUUUUUUUUUUUAAACAGGUGGUUCUGAAUAGUUAGAUGUGAAUAAGUUUACUGCUUCAAAUGGUCAAUUAUCACAGGCAGUCCUUUUAUUUUUAAUCACAGAAGAGAGUGCUCUGUUCUAAAAGUCAAAGCUCUGCACCGUAAUCACAGCUUCCAAUCUGAUUAUGAGAAGAAUGUUCUGCCACAUAUAGCUCAUAUCUCCAUCUACAAAUCCCAGAAUAGAUUCUCUCUAGAAAUGGUCUGCCUUAAUCACCUUGUGAUUUUCUUUUCAUCUGCUUGAUUGGUUAUCUUGUCUAAGAUUAAUAUGGACUCCCUUUUCUUGGUAAUAAGCAAAAAAGAUAUACUAUACAGAAAUUAGUUUCCUAAGUUUAAAACCCGUAUUUUACUAGUAUUUCCUACUUAGUUCUCCUCCCCAAAAAAGGCUCCUUGUACUUCUUAGCUAAUAAGAAAUAGGGGUUUUUUUAAGUUUCUAUAAUCAUUCACUUCCUCUUCUUUAAAAGAACUAAGUUACCUACAAUACGGUCAGCUAGAAAUAGCAGUGGCCAUGUGUGACCCAAAAUGUGAAUAACUGAUUUUUAAAAAUAGAGUUCUUUGCAUGAUUUUCUUUUAAGGUCCUAUCUCUUGGUGCAACCAGAUUCAGAAAAAAGCUUUUGUUAGCACGUAGAAACUCAGAAAGAAUAAAGGGAUUAUAUUGUAUUUUAAAACUCUUUAGAGUUUUCAUAGGUACCAAGUGACCCAGGAAAAGUAGUAUCUUUACCUAAAGGACACUUUAAACCAUAAAGGGGAGUAAAAUAUUAUACAGAAUGCUUUGUACUGGAAAAUCCGGUAGUUGAUAAAAUUAGCUCCUCUCUACCUGCCUUAUCCACCCCUGUGAGGCCAGUGAGUCUUUGAAGAUAUGAAGAAAUCGGUCACCUCGUAUUUAUCAGAGUAAGUGGAGGGAAAGUAGAGAAUAGAAAAUAAGUAAACUUGGCUGACAAGCUCGAAGAGUUGACAAUACAGUACUGUUCUCUCACUGACUCUACCUAUGGUUGGUUUUACAGUUAUGAUUUAAAAAAGAAAAAACUUGAACUCCAUUUAAGUUGAAAUUAACUUGUAAAAUUGAGUGAUUUGUUUUGUAUUAGGAGAAAAUAUAUAAUAUUUGUUAUAUAAUAAUAGGAUUUUUAAACUUCAUGUUUAGAGUGUUCUGGCAUGGCAAUCAGUGAUGUAUGGGAAAGUAUGCCAGAGAAAGGGGCCAGGAGGCCUAGGCUUUAUUCCAUCCUGCCAUUCUCCUGCUGAGUCUCUUUAAUUCUCUUGGCCCAACUCUCCUCAGGUAUCAAGUGAAGAGAAUGAAGCGGAUCAGCAUUUCUUGAACUGUUUUCCAUGGACUUCUAGUCUAAGAGAUGGCUGUAGGCAUGUAGAUACAGGUGUUUCGUUAGUCAUAUAAGCUGAGGAGACUCUCUACACUAGAUUCACACUCCCCAACUUAGAGAGUCAUAGGUAGGAAGGCAGGAGUGAAAGGCAGUGCUAUCGAUACUGGAACAGCUGUUCCAGACAGAGCUGUCCAGGCAAACUAGCAAGUAUGGCUGAUAGAGUAAACACUGGCCUGUUGGAGGCACUAAAAUAUCCUGGCAUAACCCUCUCUCAUUCUAGCAUCUGGUCUGGAGUCUGACACAUAAUUAGUUCUCAUUAAAUAUUUUUUGAAUUAGCCCAGAAUUUCCUAAGUGAGCAUGUAGCAGUAUUUGUCAUUAUGGCGAUCCUUCCCCACCCAUCCCACCCCCUCAGCUCCCCACACUCCCUUUCAAUCAUGCCGUCCUCAGGUCCAUGUAGACACUGUCAAGGAAGUAGUACACUACACAAUCACAGAGUUACCCCCUGGCUGUAAGUUGUAGGAUGGCGUUUUGUACAAUGAGCUUUUUGAAGGUCAGCAAUGACUAAUCCUUUUUUUUUUUUUUUAAACAAAAAAUACCAUCAGUGAAACAAUAUGUUUUGAUUUUGUUUUUGUUUUACAUGUGGAAACAAAUGAAAAACUCUUCCAUUUAAAAGGUCCUGCUUGGUGAAAAGAACAAAUACAAACUUCAAAGAAAAUUUCACUUUCAUAGAAAAUCUCCCAAGUGAAUAACUACAUCAAAAGUUACCUAUUACACCUAUUUCUGCCAUUGGCUAUAGAAAGACCACAAAAAAUUAGGUCUCAAAGGGGAACUUAAGAAUAUGAUAUUCUGAAAGGUAUUCUCCUGUGGAUUACAUUUGAUUUCUCUCUGAAGGAGCAGAUGAAGAAAAUUUCCAGAUAUAUCUAGUGUCUUAGCUAAGUAUCUAUUUCUAUUUCCUGGGGGAAGGAGUGGUCUUUGUUGCUCUCCCUAUUACUAUGAAUUCUUAUGUUAAAUUAUUGUUAAGAAGUAAAACCUUUAAAUACUAAUAGUUGUCUUUUCUCAUUGUAAGAAGCAGAAAGAUGCAUUAUUUCCUUAGCCUUUUAAAAAUAUUUCUUAUAAUCUAGUAAUAGUCAUUGGAUUUAAUAUGAAAGAUAAAUUGAUCUUACUUCUUCCUUUUAAGGUAUUUUUGUCCUUUAAAUAAAAAGAAAAAAAGCCCUGGGAAUUUCAGGAAGAAAGAUGUCAAUUCAACUUAGAAAAAAGAUUUGUGAUUUGACAGAGUGAAGUCUUCAUGGUCCCACUAUUAGCUAUACAAUCUUGUUCAAGUCAUUUAUCCUUCUUGGAGCUAAGUUUUCUUAUCUAUAAGGUGAUGAAGGGGUUAAUUUAGAAGAGGCUUUUAAUGUUCCAAUAUUGCUGUAAUUGUGUAAUUGAUUAACAUGGAAGAUAAAUAAGUUCUAGGCUGCAGAGUUGUAUUGUAACUUCAAAGAUUAAUCCCCUGAUUAAAAAUCUGGAGCAGAUAGAGCAUCCUUCUUGUGUUCAUUUUCCAAUAGUAGCUUUAUUGAGAUAUAACUCAUAUACUGUAAGGUUUACCCUUUAAAAGUAUACAUCUGCAUGGUUUUUAGUAUAUUCAUAGAGUUGUGUGGCUAUAACCACUAGCUAAUUAUAAAAUUUUUGAUGACUCCAGAAAGAAAUCCUGAACCCAUCAGCAAUCACUCUCCAUUCCCUUCUGCCCUCCCCUCCUGGCAACCAGUAAUCUGCUUUCUGUCUCUGUGCCUGUUCUGGCAUUUCAUAUAAAUGGACUCAUACCAUAUGUGACCUUUUGUGUAGCAUAAUGUUUUUCAUAGUUCAUCUGGGUUGUAAUGCACAUCAGUACUUUAUUCCUUUGGUGAUUAAGUAACAGUCUUAAUGUGGGUGCACAACCCUCAGUUGAUGAGCAUUUAUAUUAUUCCCACUUUGGGGAUAUUAUGAAGAGCACUGGGGCAUGAAAUUUGUGCAUGAGUUUUUGUGAGAACAUAUCUUUUCAUUUCUCUCAAGUGUAAACGUAGAAGUGGAAUUGCUGAGUCAUACGGAAACACCGUGUUUGACAUUUUGAGGAACAGCCCAACUGUGUUCCAAAGGGACUCCACUAUUUUACAAUUUUUGUGUUUUCCUAAUUUUACCUUAGGAUCUUGGGCUCGUUACACAUUUAAGCAUCAUCCACCCAUUCAUCACAUGUUUACUGAGCACUGUGUUAGUUGUAGAGUGUAUCAGUUUUUACACAUACGAGUGUGUGCAUACCUGCACGUGUGAAGAGUCUGCUGAAAAAACAACAUUGUAUUCCAACAUUUAUAGUGGUUGGUAACCUCUACAAUGGAAGACUACAGGAAUGGGGAUAUAAUACAAGAAUGGGGACACAAGGCAUUCUAGCUUGAAACAGAACUUGCAGAAGCAUAAAAAUGGGGGAGAGCAUGGUUGUUCAGGAAACUCCACGGGCUGUCACUGGAGAUGGUCCGCAGGAGUGCAAGACCUUUGGGAAGACGGGUUGAGCAAAAUAAAAGAAGGGCAAAGAGAAUGAUAGGCCUGGAACAGCACUGGAAGAGGUGACCUUUGAGCUGGACAUUGGAAGAUGGGAAUGAUUUUUGAGGAAAGGAAACCAAGAUGGAAUAAACUAAAUAUUGAUCAGGUUUUAUUAUGAGGGGAGAAGUGGGAUAGAAGGAAAUAUUUAGUAAUCAGUUAAAAAUUAAAGAUCUAGAACUUAGGAGAAUUCAGAAGUAGAGAAUGGAUUUUGAAAUCAGAUAAAAUAAUGAAGUGAGAGAAAAACAAAUGAAAGCUGUCUGCUGUUCUUGUCCUAAUUGGUACAGGACCAUUAUAGGUGCCCUGACGGAAGGAACCUCAAGCAAUUGCAUGUUUUGCUUAUUGUGGAGGCUCUGGUGGCUAGCAUGUUAGAGGGCCACUCUUUUAGAAAUUAGGAAUAAUAAUGGAAUUAUAUUUCUAUUAUAAUUAGGGAAAUAGCUAGAAAUUCAUGUACAAAAUAAAGAGGUAAAAGAGGAAACCCAAUUUUUUGUUAUGAGUUAUUAUUUAUCUCUGAGUGAUGCAUUUAGUUGGGUAAUAUAAAAUUUCUUAGACAACCAGAACUGGUGAAUAUUCAUCCGUUCAAAAAUAUUAUCAAAGGUCUUCUCUGCUCUAGGCAAUCUGCACAGCACUGACUCAGCAUCCAAAGAUAAACAAAAACGUAGUUUUUGACCUGAGUUCAUGGGGGGAGACUGACAUUAAUUUACUUAUUAUAUUGAGAGAAGUACUGUAAUCAAUGAUAGAAAUGCUAUAAAGAUUAAAAGGAAGUCCUAAUUAAUUCUUAAAGGUGUCAUAUACUUCAGGAAUUAGUAACUAAUGAUAAUUGAAAUUAGCUGGUAUUCUACUAGAUGGUCUGGAUAGUAUAGGCCUUAGAAAAUCACUAGGACUUUUAUUAAAGUAGGAAGGAAAUAACCCAACACAGAACAGAUAUGAGCAUAUAUACUGCUACACUUACCUUGUUCUUUAUAGGUUAAUAUUAAGUCCUUAUUCUCUUUACUAAAAAUAACUCUACUUUUGAGGGGAAAAAUGUGUGUUGCGUAUAAGAGAUUCAAAAAAGUACAUUUUGCUAUAUUUCUAUAGAUCACCUCCACAAAAGUACUGAACAUGAAUUAGUAAAAUAAAUCAGGACUCUUGAACUCAGGGAGCUCAUUUUGACUAUUGAUGGAGGAUCAGACAAGCAAUGCUAAUAUAGUGUCCAAGGAUUUCCUUAUUUUUAGUCUUAUGCUUUAUGUAGGCUUCUCUAGCUCAGGAGUAUUUCCUCAUCUUUGUGUUUCCAGCACCACAAUCUGAGCAUACCUUUAUUAUAGCACUUAAACUGAAUUACAAAUGCCUUUCUUGUAUGCCUUUUUCUAUUGGUCUAGGGCCCUGUUUACUUUUGUAUCUGUGGCACAGAGUAGUUGUACAAGGUUUGUUGAAUGACUGCAUGAAAGAAAAAAUACAUAAAGGGCCACUAAAAAUGAUACAAAGCCCAGCUACCUGGACAGAAGGAAUAAGAAGACCUGAUAGGACUUGCUUUCAGCUAGUUUAUCCACACCAGUAGCCAAAAGAGAAGACAAAGGAAGAGAGAAAAAUCCUAGUUGAACCAUGGUCCUCAAGAAGAAAGAAAUGGUUCAUCAGUUGAGUUAGUGUUUAUGUAGUGCAAUCUAUUUUUCAAAAAAGUACUCUCAAAUUAAGAAAAAAUAAAUUAUACGAUGGCCUUUUUGUUUGGCUGUUACUUGACUAAGCAACUGAAAUGUACAGCAUUCAGGUGCCAAGGGCCAGGUCCUACUCAGCUGCUGCAAGGGGUGAUAAGUACAGAGUUAGGCAGUGGACCAAGCAAGCAAUUGCCUGCAAUUGUUUCCAGCACCUUCUAUUCCAAUGGAGUUUAAUUAAAUCCCUUCUAUGAAAUGCAAAUUACAUGGUUCCCAAGAAGAGCCUUAAAUGUUCUUUCCCAAUGUCUUAUGUUUUAUCAUUCACGCAGAGGCAAAUUUUUGACUGAAGGAUUGAAUAAUUUUCCAUCUUCCAGCCUUCAGAUGUAACUAAGGUACUCAAUCUAGAAACUGUGGCUCUCUAGAUUAAGAGUUGGUAUAUUAAGGCAUUUAAAUGAAUAUUUAAGCAAAACUGUCUCAAUGAAAUAGUUUUUUUAAGCUAAUAUCUUGAACCUUAGUAUGUUGCAUUCAAGUUAUGCUAAAUCAAGUAAAUGAACCUGAUGGAAGAGAAUGCAUUCUGCUCUAAUUUGUACUAUAUGAAUGUUUGCAGUAUAUUGGGGGGGGGCAGUUAGGGUAAUUUUUUGGUUUUUUAAAUUCUCAUCCUCAUCUAAGCAUCAUCUUUAAAAUUCUUAAAACAAGGGAAUUAAAGUCAUACUUAUGUAAGGACACCAUCUGUACUUGAUGAUAUACAUACGUUAUAUUAUUUGAUCUUCCCAACAGCCCUGUGAGCUAGGGUAGGUAUAAGUAAUCUCAGUUUUAAAGACCAGAUAACCAAGGAUCAAACUGCUAUGAUUGGCUAGUGAUAAAUACAGUCAGUAUAUGGUAAAGCUCAGAUUUGAAUCUAAACCCAAUUCUUCCUCUCAACAAGUAAGUGGUUACAAAAACUCAGCCUGUUACAGUUAACAUUUUUAAAUGGUGGGGCUAGUUCUUCAGAGAACUGCUAUAGAUUACGACCCCAAUUUAAUUAACAUUAAUGUAGUAAAACCUUGGGCAAUUUUCCAACAUCCAAACACUAAUAAUGAAUAGAGAUCAUUUCAUAAACUAAGGUAGAAGUUGGUGGAAGUAUAUGAAAGGAACAUCACUGAAGAUUUAUUUUAACCUGAAAUUUCAUGGUAACCAGAAAUGAUGUAUGGGAUAGUUCCAGGUAAAAAGACAAUGUGCUUUCUGUGGAGCACUAGUUACCCUCUUUGAGUAACUACACAUUCAAGCAUCACUAACAUUUCUCUUUUUAAAAA